AUGGGUGCAGGGAACAAGUACAAUUUUCUCGUCGUCUUCUUCGUGACGUUCGGGUCUCUGACUUAUGGGUACAACUCUGCAAUCAUUGGUGCCGUCAUUGGCCUGCCAUCCUUCUUUCAGUACUUCAAUAUUGACAUCAAGUCAAGCGGUGGCUCUCGAAUCACUGGAGCAACAAAUGGCCUCUUCGCAGGAGGAGGAUUCAUAGGCUGCUACCUCAUCACCUGGCUGGCUGACAAGGUGGGCAGGAAGAGGUCCAUACAAAUCACCGCUUGUAUUUGUAUCGUUGCAGGUGCCCUUCAGGCCGGAUCAGUUCACAUUGCCAUGUUCUUGGUCGCUCGCUUCAUGAUGGGAAUGGGAGUUGGCAUGGUCAAUGUCAUCACGCCGCUCUAUCAGUCAGAAGUUUCCCCUGCCCACUCGCGCGGGAGAAUGGUGGGUAGCCACGGGUUUAUUCUCUGUGUCGGAUACGGACUGGCGGGAUGGACAGGCUAUGGCUGCUAUUUCUUGAAGAACCAAGUGGCUCAGUGGCGUCUCUGCCUCGCCCUCCAAAUUGUUCCACCCCUCUGUCUUUUGAUCGGGUCUCCAUGGCUUCCUGAGUCACCUCGAUACCUGGUUGCAAACGACAUGCAAGAGCAGGGUUUCGAAAUCCUUAAACGAUUGCACCACCAGCCAGAGGAUGAAGACGACACCAUUGCUCGCGAAGAGCUCUAUCAAAUCCGUCAACAACUAGACCUAGAAAAGCGCGAAGGCUGGAGACAAGGCUGGGUUGAGGGCUGGGUUCUCUUGUUCUCCAGGAAGUCUUACCGAAAGCGGAUGUUGUUCGGAUUUCUCCUUCUCAUUUUAGGUUGCUUGGUUAUAAACAACUACCAAGUCCUUCUUUACAACGGCCUCAGUCUGUAUGGAGCAAUGCCUCUCAUGCUGUACGCCCUCUGGGAUACCUGGGCCGCCUUCAUGAACUUCAUUAAUGCUCUUCUACUCGACAAGGUCGGCCGAAUCCCAAUCAUGGUUGUUGGACAGAUUGGUUGCUCCGUCUCCGUUGCUGGGUUUACUGCUUGUCUUGCAAGAUACGGCGGAUCAGACAACCGAGUCGGAAAUGGAUUCGGCGUCUUCUUCCUCUAUCUGUUUGUGACUUUCUUCGGUGGCUCGAUGGACGCUUCAUCCUAUGUUUACUCUUCUGAGAUCUUCCCGACUUCAAUCCGCGCUCAGGGUGCCGGAUUCAGUGUGUCUGGUUUGUUCGCUUUCAGCUUAAUUUACACCAUGUGCGCCCCCGUCGCUUUCAACAACAUCGGCUGGAAAUACUACCUAAUCUUUAUCAUUGUCCCGCUCUUCGGAGCUACCAUCAUGGCGCUAUUCUACCCGGAGACCAAGGGUCUAGCCCUCGAAGAAGUGGGGAAGAAGUUCGGUGACGAGAUAGCUGUCGAUCUUACUCACCUCUCGGCCGAAGAGAGGGCCAGACUUGACAAAACUCUAGUUAAUGAAGAAGUCGUGGAGAUGGAGAUUAAGGCUUAA